UGCAACAAAAGCCGUGAACUGGUGAGUCUAUCCAUCCUAAGGGUUUUUUUGGUUGUUGUUUUGUUUUUUCUUUUUGAGACAGGCUCUCACUAUUCAGUUCAGGCUGGCCUUAACCUCAUUUUGUAGCCCAGGCUGGUCUCGAACUCUCAACGAUCCUCGUGUCUCAGCCUCAUAGGGCUUCUCCUGGAAUCCACAGCCUAAAGGCCCAACGCUGCAGGGCAUCCUAGGAUGCACAGCGAUGCUCCGUGACAAAACAACAAAAGGACAUGGCCAGCGAAGGCUAGUUCUCCCACUGGGCAAACCCUGUGAUGGUUCUGCUUUCUCCAGCAGCAGGCGCUCCUCGAAUGCGCAAACAAGGCAUCAACCAAAACCAGCACUGGAAAUCCUCACACUGCGAGGCGCACGCCGGGCCAGGCGAAAACAGGCAGUAUGCGCGGUUCCUGUGCUUGUGCAGCUACGUCCGGAAGCCAGAACAGGGCGGAAACUCAAGACUGGGCUUCGUAUUACGGGCAGUACGGUUGGUGCUGUUGUACCAAACACGAUCCACACAAACGUCUUCAUUAGCAAGAAAUGAGAAAGACGCACCAGCUCCGCACGGAAUGCUCCGACAACACUUCGGGAUACGACAAAGAAUAGCGCGCAGGCGCAGGAGGCGUGGUACGCAGACGCAAGAGGGUCGGCGCCCUGCAAACCGACGGAGGCAGCCGCGACUGGGAGGAACGAGGUGCGCAGGCGCAGACGCAGCUGGCGGCGCUGGCUCUUCGCGCCAGGCCAACCCGGAAGUGCCUCAUACCCGCUGUGGUAGGUUUGGCCAGUGCUUCCGGAAGCGCAGUUCGCAGUUCCGGAAGUUUGCGAGUUACGUGACUGCGGCUGGCCUUGGAAGCUGUUUGAAGGUAUUACUGGAGGGCUGUGGGAGACAGUCGGACAACCGAGAAGGCCAGGGGCCGAGGCCGGAGCUGCGCGGCAUGGCUGACGACUUAAAGCGAUUCCUGUAUAAGAAGUUACCAAGUGUUGAAGGGCUCCAUGCAAUUGUUGUAUCAGAUAGAGAUGGAGUACCUGUUAUUAAAGUGGCCAAUGACAAUGCCCCGGAGCAUGCUUUGAGGCCUGGCUUCUUGUCUACUUUUGCGCUGGCAACAGACCAAGGGAGCAAACUGGGACUUUCAAAAAAUAAAAGCAUCAUCUGCUACUACAAUACCUACCAGGUGGUUCAGUUCAACCGUUUACCUUUGGUGGUCAGUUUCAUAGCAAGCAGCAAUGCCAAUACAGGACUGAUUGUCAGCUUAGAAAAGGAACUUGCUCCAUUAUUUGAAGAACUGAUAAAAGUUGUGGAAGUUUCUUAAUCUUACUGUGGUUUCAGUGUGUACCUUGUUCUCAUUGUAACAACAGAGUAUCAAUCCACCAAUCCUUAGACCACAGUCAUCCUUUUAUCCAGGUUCUCAAGAAAGGGCCAUCUUUCUAAAGAAAGAGCCUUCAGAUGGAUGAUUGCAUUUUCUUCAGUAAGCUCUUUUCUUGAUUAGGGAGAUUGGAGGCAGCCACGGAAGUGCUUCCAUCUACACAGCUCCCAUGGAGUUAGUCUGGCCUCCCAAGUUAAGGUGAGAUUCUCCUCGUGGGCCCGAAUCACCACUGCACAUGAUCUCAGUGAGCCACUGUGCUCGCCUUGUCCAGCGCUUCCAGGCCUUUGCAUGGCAAGGACAAAUGAGGACAUCCUUUUCUUCAGAUCAUGCUUUAUUUCUUUGAAUGGAGUGUAAAGAAGAUAAAAAUGGCGUAGUGAAAGUAAUAAAAUCAGUACAAUCACUAACUUUCCUUUGUACAUAUUAUUUUGCAAUGUGGGUGAAUAUUACUAAUUGAGUUGUUCUCAUAGGAUGCUGCUCUUUAAUAAAAGAAAAGUUAUGCCUUAGGGUUUUUCUUCCUAUUCUGCUUUCUAUAACCAAUCAUUGUUUAAUGUUUAUGUGUUCUUUAUAAAAUUUAAAUAUGAUUUAAAGCUGAAUUGUUUCCAAUAUAAGGAUAUAUGUAAACAUUAUAGUAUAGCCAUUUUUUUCAUAUAUGA